UCAAUAUUCGAUAAGACGGACGACACGACUGUGAAGAGCAAAUGCAGUAUGCACUUAAAAAUAUUUUAUUAAUUUCGUCAAGUCCUUUUGAUUUACAUUCCGCUAUGCAGUAUGCAAUUGAAUUCUUAUUAAAAUACGACUAAUUUGUACUGCAUUUAUUUUUUUUUUUUUAGUGCAAUGUAAAAUCUACAGACAUAUGUAUUCGGUUUUCAGAAAAAGCGCUAAAAUGUAUUUUUUAGUGAUGGCUUGAUUGAAAAGUUGUCUUGUAAUAUGGGUGGUAAUGUGUCACAACUAGAGAGAGAUAUUGGAUCAGAUCAAUUUCCUCCAAACGAGCAUUAUUUUGGUUUAGUUAAUUUUGGAAAUACAUGCUACAGUAAUUCAGUUCUUCAAGCUCUUUAUUUUUGUAAACCAUUUCGAGACAGAGUAUUAGAAUAUAAAGCUCGUAAUAAAAGGAAUAAAGAAACAUUACUCACAUGUUUAGCUGAUCUAUUUCAUAGUAUUGCAACUCAAAAAAAAAAAGUUGGGUCUAUAGCCCCAAAAAAGUUUAUUAAUAGACUUAGAAAAGAGAAAGAAGAAUUCAAUAACUAUAUGCAACAAGAUGCUCAUGAAUUUUUAAACUUCCUUAUAAAUCAUAUUAAUGAGAUCAUUCUUUCUGAACGUAGCCAAGCUAAUUGUAACGGUAAAUCUAAAUCAAUUACACAUAAUAUUAUUGAUGGAGAAUCAACUACUAAUAGCAUUACUAGCUCAAGUAGUCAUAACCAAGAUCCAACUUGGGUGCAUGAAAUAUUUCAAGGAAUACUAACGAGUGAAACUAGAUGUUUAAACUGUGAAGAAGUCAGCAGUAAAGAUGAAGACUUUUUUGACCUCCAAGUAGAUAUAGACCAAAAUACUAGUAUUACACAUUGUUUACGUUGUUUUAGUAAUACAGAAAUGCUUUGUAGUGAUAAUAAAUUUAAAUGUGACAAUUGCUGUAGCUAUCAAGAAGCCCAGAAAUGUAUGCGGGUCAAAAAAUUACCUAUGAUAUUGGCAUUGCAUUUGAAAAGAUUCAAAUAUAUGGAACAAUUUAAUAGGCAUAUAAAAGUAUCUCAUAGAGUUGUAUUUCCUUUAGAACUUAGGUUAUUUAAUACGUCUGAUGAUGCUGUUAAUCCAGACCGAAUGUACAAUCUUGUAGCUGUAGUUAUACAUUGUGGCAGUGGGCCAAAUAGAGGUCAUUACAUUAGCAUAGUUAAAAGUCAUGAUUUUUGGCUACUGUUUGAUGAUGAUAUGGUUGAUAAAAUUGAUCAAUCUGCUAUUGAAGAUUUCUAUGGUCUCACAUCAGACUUACAGAAAUCAUCAGAAACUGGUUAUAUACUUUUCUAUCAAUCUAGGGAUGCUACUGAAAUAUCAAAAUCUGGUAUGACUGAUUCAAAAUCAAGUCAUUGUAAAUGAAUUUCCAAAUUCUAUUUUGGAUAUUUAUUUAUAAUUGUACAGCACAAAGUGAUUUUUCACUUGUGUUUUAAAAAAAGUGAUAUUAACUUUAUUGCAUAAUUAAUUAGUCUAUUAAUAAUUUUUAAUUGUUAUUAUCAGUGAUAUAUUAUGUUAAUUUGCGAUGCCUUGUUAGUCAACUAAAUAAUAUUUUAGGUGAUAUAUUUAAUUUUUAUAUUUAUUACUAGCUGAUUCCUUUGAACCUGAUUUAAUGUAUGCUCAUGUUUUUUUAACAUAGGUACAUGUAAUCCACUAGAAAAAUUUUAUCAGAGAAAACCAGAUCAGUUAUUUAUUUUCCCAAUGUUUAUCUCAAAAAUAUUCUUUAUCUUUUUAAGAAUAUAUUAUAAUGUCAGAUUUAGAACAUUUAUCUAUUCAUUCAUUAACAAUUUCCUUCUACUAAAAUUUAUUUUACAAGUUAAUAUAUUUUUAAUUUAUAUAACUUCAUCUAAACCCGCUUCACAAUUAACAUAACUGAAAUUCUAGUUUUCUUGAAAUCAUAUAUGUGAUAUAGUUUAUAACUUGAAUAAAAUAAUGUACAGUUAAAUUAUUUACAAAAAUACAUACCUAUUAUAGUAUACUAUAUAUGAACUUAAUACAUGGAUAAAGUAACUUUAAUAGUUUUGAUUAAACUCUUAAAAACAUUUUUAAAUGUAAAGUAACCAAUAAUAACCACUUAAUAACCUUUUAUGA